UCUGAACUUUUCAAAAUAAGCCCCGGACGAGCUGCCCGGGACGUUACUAUACCUAAAAAUCAAGACCAUACCAAGGGAUGGUGAUCGGAUUAUUAUAUUUCUUUGAUUGAAGAGCCGCGUUCGAGCAAUCCGUCGGCCGGAAGCCGCCGGUGCGAUUGACGCCACCGCGGAGGAGCCCUAGCGGAACUGACGUCACAGACCUCUCGCUCCUUGGCAGACUCGGUUGUCCCGCUGCAGUCCUAAUGGAGAACCGCGCCGAGUGUUCCUCAUUCUGAUCCAGUUUCUUCAAUAAUUAUGCCGCGGUACUGCGCUGCACAAGACUGCUCGAACAGCGUAUGUUACAGCGGCAGGCCUGCGCACAAGUUUCCGAGUGAGCCCACGUUGCGGAAGCUGUGGAUUCGCGCGGCCCGUCCUUCCCAGCCAACAUGGAAGCCCGCCAAAGGCGAUUGUCUUUGCACGGAGCACUUCGAAGACGAGGACUACAAGACGAGCCCGAAGUUACUGCAAAGUCUGGGCUUGCCUGUAAAACAGGCCUAUUUGAAGCCUGACGUGGUGCCAUCGCUCUUCACGCGAAAACGCAAGCGAGAGCGGUACAGCGGCGCCGUGGAAAAACGGCGACGGAAAGAGAUAAUUGCUGAAUUGCUGGAGGCACCGGCACAAGCAAAGGCCACACUCAUCGCUGAAGAAGUCAGCACAUCGUCAACCCCUUCUGGUGACGACACUGAGCAAGGUCCUGACUCUGGACAUGAACCAAUGCAUGAUGCAAAUGCUGGCAUCGAAGAACCUUGUUCGAGCUCAGCCCCCUCCAUCAGUAAUGCCAAACAGGCUCAACCUGACCUUCGGAACGCUGCUACGCAGACCUCGGGCAUCUACAGAAAUCGAGGCAUACAAGUCACCUUGAAGACUUCAUCACGAAAGUCCCAAACGAAUCCUGUCCUCGUGACACCACGUUUUUCUUCACCAAAUCAUGUCCCCCAGGCUCCAUUGGAUUGGAUGUUGCCUGAAGGGCUGACUCUGUCGCCGCAGCCGCCAGUGCGCAGACAACCAGCUCCACCACCGGACCCACCACAGCUGCCAACAAUAAACAAUGAGCUGCCCAGUGCAGGCCAGGAAGAGUCUGUUGAAGAGUGUCCCACGGAGCUGCCAGAGCCACACGUGGAAGCAGACAGCCUAUACCUCCCCUCUGACGCUAGCUUCCUCAUGAUGAUGUCCGACACCGGCUUUCUGAGGGAUGCACAGCAGAACACUGCAUCUGACAGCGCACUCAGUCAGCAUGAGAGCAGCAAAAGCAUCGACUACGUCUCGGAACGAAAGUUUAUUGUUUUCGAGUCUUGUUUGGACGAGCUACUAGGUAAUUGUCCUGAGUGCACUGCACUGUGCCGCAUCACAGAGAAGAAGAUCAGAGGGACAUGUCUCCGGGUGCACAGAAUGUGCAACAAUGGCCACCAACAUACCUGGACCAGCCAACCAUCAGUGAAUAGGAGGGCCCUGGGCGAUGUGCUCCUAGCUGCAGCAACGCUCUUCUCUGGGAGCAUCGUCAAAAAAGUGCUAAGGCUCCUCCACCAGAUGGGCGUGCCCUGUUUAUCGUACGAGACAUACUUUAAGAUUCAGGGUGCCUUCCUUCUACCAGCGAUCAGACAGGUAUGGCACGUUUUCAAGCUUUUCCUUUCCUGCCGAUCGUAA